AUGGAAAAUGUAGAAUCUUCUGGCAAUAGACCAAUUAUAAAGACAUCAUCCAUAUGGAAUCCAUCUAGAGCACGUCGGCCUGAAAUUGAUGAAGCACCUGUGUUUUAUCCGACAAUUGAGGAGUUUCAUGACCCUCUUGGUUACAUAGCUAAGAUCCGUCCCCAAGCAGAACACAAUGGAAUAUGUAAGAUUGUGCCUCCUACUAGCUGGGUUCCACCAUGCCCUGUUAAAGAGAAAGACUUGUGGGAAAAUUUAAAGUUUCCCACCCGAAUUCAACCAAUUAACUUUCUUCAGCAUAGAGAGUCUAUGAAGAAGAAAGGCAAGGGGAGGAAACGAAAACGUGGAAGACCAAAAAAGAUAGACACAAACAGGAAAACAGGAAAUGCAAGUUAUAAAGCCAAUGUUCUUUUAAAACCUGACGAUGAGAGGUUUGGCUUCCAAUCAGGGCCAGACUUCACAGUAAGAGAAUUCCAUCAUCAAGCAAACGCUUUUAAAAAUAGCUAUUUCAUGGUCAAUCCUGCUCAUCAUGAUGAUGGAGAAGAUAGUCGAAACAAGCAGCAGAAGAGACGGGAGCCUUCUGUGGAGGAAAUCGAAGGCGAAUAUUGGCGAAUAAUUGAGGAACCAACUGAUGUUGUUGAGGUGUAUUAUGGAACUGACUUGGACAUUGGAUCAGUUGGAAGUGGUUUUCCUAAGACAUCUUCAUCAACUAAGAGUAAUACAAAUCAACACACUGUGUCUGGAGGAUGGAAUCUGAAUAACUUGGCGGGAUUGCCGGGUUCUGCACUAUGUUAUGAAAACAAUGAUAUCCCGGGAGUUAUUGUUCCCUGGAUGUACAUUGGAAUGUGCUUUUCAACAUCUUGUUGGCAUGUUGAUGAUCAUCACCUAUACUCACUUAAUUAUCUGCACUCGGGUGACCCAACAGUAUGGUAUGGUGUACCUGGGAGCCAUGCUACAGCUCUAGAAGAAACUGUGAAGAAAGAGUUGCCUGAAUUAUUUGCAGCACAACCUGAUCUACUCAAUGAGCUGGUGACACAGUUUACUCCUUCAAUUCUUACAUCUGCGGGGUUGCCUGUAUACCGCAUUGUUCAGAAUCCAAGGGAAUUCGUUCUCACCUUCCCAAGGGCAUAUCAUGGUGGCUUCAGCUGUGGCUUCAACUGCUCAGAGGCUGUCAAUGUGGCUCCUGUUGAUUGGUUCGUGCAUGGCCAGGUUGCUGUUGAGCUUUACAGUCAGCAAUGCCGCAAGACAUCAUUGUCUCAUGACAAGAUGUUGUUCAGAGCUGCUGAGGAUGCCGUCCUUGCCCUUGCAGAGAAAACUCUUCAUGGAAAAGAAACUCUGAGGUAUUUGAAAUGGAAAAGUGCUUGUGGAAAAGAUGGAGUUCUUACUGAUGCAGUUAAGACAAGGAUGGAGAUGGAAAGAGGGAGGCUUCUGUCUCUUCCCAUUCAUUUAACGACGAUGGCGAAGAUGGACAAUCGCUAUGAUUUGCUUGAGGAAAUAGAAUGCAUCUCUUGCUUCUAUGACUUGCACCAAUCUGCCAUUGGUUGCCAGUGUUCUCCUGAUAGAUAUUCUUGUCUUCAACACUCAAACAAGCUUUGCAAAUGUGAAAUGGACAAAAAAGUUAUCCUGUAUCGUUAUACUUUGAGCGAGAUAUCUUCUUUGGUUGCAGCAUUAGAAGGAGAAAAACAUGCAAUUGAAGCAUGGGCUAAAAGAAACCCUGGAGACCAGUCUGCUAAUGUUGAGGAUGAACAACACAUGGAGAGAGCCAAGUGCAAAAACAAGAAUAAAGAAAAAGGGGAAAGCUCAACUUUUCUUGCAGGAACUAGUGAGAAGUAUAAUCCAAAUGCAGUUAGCAGUUCUUACAACCAUGUUUCUUCAGAGUUGGUACCUCCUGGUUCUCAUCAUGAACCUCUCAGCACACGAGAUGGGGUUAUAGAUUUCCAUAAGAACAACGUAAAAGAUAAAAAAUUGGCCAUGGACAAUGAAAUUAGGGAGGUGCAGAGAAGAUCUGUGGGUUCGUAUAUUGACCUCACUUCUGAUGAACCUGAUAACGAUCACUUUAAGGGCCUAAUUGAAUCUGCUUAUGAAGCUGUUAAUCUUGUAAGUUUGGGCUCUGUUAUGUUUGGAAAGCUCUGGAGCAGUAAGCAUGCAAUAUAUCCAAAAGGAUUCAAGAGCCGUUUUAUGUUCUUUAGCACUUUAGAUCCAGCAAACCUAUGUGACUAUGUUUGUGAAGUCAUUGAUGCUGGACUUCUUGGGCCUGUUUUCAAGGUUACAAUGGAAUUACACCCAAAUGAGACAUUCACACAGGCUUCAGCAGAUAAGUGCUGGGAGACAGUUCUGAAUAAACUAAUUCAUGAAAUCAAGAGGCGAGAGAGUCUAGGUGAAGAAGCACUUCCUCCCUUAGAACUUCUGCAAAGCACCAAUGGUCAUAAAAUGUUUGGAUUCCUUUCUCCACCCAUUAUUCAGUCAAUUGAAGCUCUAGAUCCUGGUCAUAAAUGUGUGGAGUACUGGAACCACAAAGGAGCAAUUUCUGAAUCUUCAGGCAGGGCCAUUGAUGCCUCUACGAGUAAGGCUCCUCAUGGCUCUAGUAACUCUACACAAGGUGUCAGUACCACCAAACUUUUUGGUGUCACUUUGGUAAAGCGGGAGGAGGAUGACAUGGUACAAGGUUCUUCUCAUUCCUCUGAAGAGAACAAGUUGAGGCUACAAGGGUUGUUGAAAAAGGCAAGUCCUGAUGAGUUAAGUUCCAUGCAUCAGUUAUUCAGCUCUGAUGCAGAGUUAACUCAAUCUAGAGUGGAAAUUGUGAAGCAGAUAGAUGGAAUCCAGAAAUCUCGUGCAUAAAACAAGAAAUAGUUCUUAAUUCUGUGACUGUGGAUGAUUGUAUUUCAACUUAGUCAAUUGUUUAGUACUUUAGUUCUUUCAGAGAUUAUUUAAACUACAGAGGAGGUUGAUGGAUUAUGUUCAUGCAUUUGACUCAUUAAGUCUGUAUUUUUGGAUUUAUAAUUUGCUUGUGUGUGGUUGUUGGUUAGAUUUAUGUUUUACAUAUUUCAUACUUAGUAAUCUACAUAGUCCAUAGUCUUAAAUUUCUGCAUGCAAACAUGAAAAAGAACAGAAUGUGUAGACUGACCUCACGUGCGCUUUUGUUCAUCUUGAGCUUGCUUCUGGAUUCUCCGGCACAGGCUACCGUGGGUUUGUGUUGAUUGGGUGCAUAAGAAACUCAAAUGAACAAGGGUUUCGAUGCUACCAUCAUGCUUUUCUUUUCGGCUUGUCUCUGCUUCUCCUCUUAACCCAAAAAGACCUAAUUGCCGCCACAUGUUCAUAUCAUAACCUUCUUAACUUGGAUAGUGGUGGUUGUUACUGGGUGGCGGGUGGUUGUCGUGGUGGAUGUUACCUGGUGUUAGUGGUGGUGAUGAUUGAGGUGGU